AUUUGGGUUAUGACACACGUGGGUUUGUUAUUAGACCAUCAUUAAAAUGACAGACGGAGAACUGCAGUUAAACGUAUAUUUAAAAGAAUCGGAAACUUAUCGAGAACCAAGAACAAUUAUACGGCGAAAAAAGAUUAGACCAAGAAAAACAGAAAAAAGUCACUUUCUAAAUAGACACUCGACAAAUCAAACACAUGACGGAUUGAAUUUGAAUGUGAAUAAACAACAUGAAGAAAAGGAGGGAGAAAGUCGGGAAGAAAAAGCCAUUGACACAGGACAACAUGAAAGUAACAAGCGUAAAGCAUCACAAACUGCAGCAGAUGCUGAUCCUGCUAACAAGAAACAGAAGAUCGGUCCCAUCAUCUCCUCACUUUUUAGCUUCAACCCACACAUACCACACGUGGAAAGUGUGUCCAUGGACCAGAUCAAGGAAGUUCUAUUCUCCUCUAAAACAUUCAAAGACCUUGGAAUCCAUCCUCACCUGGUCAGCACCCUAGAGAAUAAGAUGGAGAUCACACAGAUGACCAGUGUCCAGCAGAAGUCCAUUCCUCACAUAAUGAUUGGUGCUGACACACUGGUCAAGUCACAGACAGGUUCAGGGAAGACUCUAGCUUUCGCUGUCCCGAUAGUUCAGGCACUACAAGCUUUGACCCCAAAAGUCCAACGGAAUGAUGGCCCUUACGCAUUGGUAGUUGUCCCAACCAGAGAGUUGGCGUUGCAGUGCCUGAGGACAUUUGAGAAGAUCUUAGCGCCAUUUCGAUGGAUUGUGCCAGGAUGUAUCAUUGGUGGAGAAAAACGGAAAGCAGAAAAAGCAAGAUUGAGGAAGGGUAUCAACAUCUUAGUGUGUACACCAGGACGUCUGAUUGACCAUAUAAGGAGUACUAACUGCCUAAGCCUGCGGCAAAUAAAGUGGCUGGUUUUAGAUGAGGCUGACAGGAUGCUGGACAUGGGAUAUGAAAAGGAUAUAGCUCAGAUAAUCAACUCCCUAAACAUGGCCCGAUCAGCUCAGCUAUCACAGGAACUGAUAAAGUCUGAUACCAAACCAAGGCAGACUGUGUUGUUGUCAGCCACACUAUCGGAGGGAGUACAGAAGAUGGCCGGAAUCUCUCUAACAGAUCCUGUCCGUGUUGAUCUGUCCCAGUCGGACGUCACUACGGAGACCAACCAGACCAUCAAGACAGAAGAGUCGUCAGAAACAUCAGCAGAUACUGUGUCUUUCAGUGUUCCAGAGAAUCUUAAACAACACUUCAUUAUCACUCCCUGUAAACUAAGGCUUGUCACAUUGGCAGCAUUUAUUGUACAAAAGUGUAAGAUGAAACAGAAAACUGGUAAGAUGCUGGUGUUCCUGCCAACCCAGGGUUCAGUCGAGUUCCAUUACGCUGUAUUCCAUCACUUCUUUGGGGGAGGUAACUCUGUGCCUGAUGUUCUUGCAGACCUUGAUCUAGACCAUAGCAAAAAGAAGGUGGAAACAGAUAAUCUGGAUUUCUUCAGGCUGCAUGGAGAAAUGGCACAGAAGGAUCGUGCCAGUGUGUACCAGAAUUUUUCGAAAGCAAAGUCUGGAAUCUUAUUUUGCACAGAUGUGGCCUGUCGUGGCCUUGACCUACCAAAUGUACGAUGGAUUGUGCAGUACACACCCCCAGGGUCAACCAGUGAUUAUGUCCAUAGGAUCGGCCGAACGGCCCGCGCAGGCAAUCUGGGACACUCACUGCUCUUCCUGAUGCCCUCAGAGGUGGAAUAUGUCCCUCGCCUCAACCAAAACAAAAUUAGCCUAGAGGAGCUGCAGAUGAACAGAGUUCUGGACAGUUUACUAAGUGUGGUGACAGACAUACAAGGAGGCAACAACCAGAGGGAGCUACCAAGAACUAGUGAGGAAGCAGCAACGUACUUACAGAUGUGUGUGGAAGAGUACACCAAUGGUAGCCCACAGAAAACAGAUUUAGCUGUAAAAGGGUUUCAGUCGUUUGUGAAAGCCUACGCUACCUACCCAUCAGAGCUGAAAUCUAUAUUUCACAUAAAACACCUUCACCUGGGCCACCUUGCUAAAAGUUUUGGUCUGAGAGAAUCACCAUCAAAGAUCAAACGACCGGCCGGGAAGGCACACCGUGAUAAACAGGGACACCAGGACAAGUCAAGGUUAAAGUUCAAGAGAACAGCAGUGUCAGAGUUUGGGAGUGGUCUUGGAUCAGAUGCCUUAUCAAAGUUCAAAAAGAAUCUAAAAGGAAAAACAAAGCACAAAAUGAAAAAUUAAAACAAACUUUUUAACAAAA